CCUCGGCGUAGAGCUGCUGAGGAGGGGGACGGACGGAGCACCUUGACGUGUGUGCGCACGCAUUUAUUCCGAUCCUUCAGAUAUCGGUGUGUGAGGAUGAACGACGCUUCAGCUGCUGCUGCUCAGUGAGGAAGAGGAUACCACAGAAGAAGAAGAAGGAGUGGAAAGUCCAGUACGAGGAGCGCUCGUUCACACCUCCUCCUGCAUCUGCAAAGUGCUGUUUCACCCUUGGCUUCGCCGUUUAUUUUUUGGUCUCUGCACCCUCUGGGAGCUUUGGGGAGCACUUGCACGGAGGCGCAAAGGUUUCCGCUCGCAUUCCUGAGGAUUGCGCCGUUGAGACGCUUCUGGUUUUGCUAGGAAAGGUCCAGGAUGGCGCUCGCUUUGUGUACAGCUGGGAGGCAGAUCCUCUUUGCCCUGAUGCUGCUGCUCUAUUUAGGCUCGGGUGCAGCCUCCUCCAUAGUCAACAUGCGUAGGAUCACCCAUCCAACAGUACAACAAUCACUGGCAGGCAAAGCUGUCCUCCCCUGUGUGUUCACCCUCCAGACCGCCUCCUCCAGCCAGCCUCCCCACCUCCUGUGGACCCAUACCAGGCCAGCAGCAGCAGGUGGACAGGGCGCCGCUCCCGAGCAUAUUGUACUCUCUGCUAAAGGUGAUGUCAUCCAGGUGAAUAAGGCUUUCAUCGGCCGUGUCACGCUGCCAGGAUACACUGCCAACCCCCUGAAUGCUACCAUGGAGAUCUCUAGUCUCCGUACCAACGACUCAGGCACUUAUUACUGUCAGGUUGUCAUGGGUAACGACUAUGAGAGAGACACUGUGCCCCUGGUGGUCUCUGGUGUGGUGUUUCACUACCAGGCUGUUAGUGCCCGCUACGCCCUCUCGUUCACAGACGCUCAAAAAGCCUGUCAAGAGAUGUCAGCUCAGAUGGCCACGCCGGCCCAGCUGUGGGCGGCAUAUUAUGAUGACUUUUCCAGCUGUGCAGCCGGCUGGUUGGAUGAUCAGACUGUCCGAUAUUCAGUCCAGAAGCCAGAGCUUGGUUGCUAUGGACACAAGGAGUACUCUGCAGGAGUGAGGAAUUAUGGGAAGAGGGACCCAAAAGAGCUGUUUGAUGUGUACUGUUUUGCAAAAGAACUGGAUGGUGAGGUGUUUCACUCCUCCGUCCCAGGUCGGCUCUCUCUGUCUUCAGCCUCAGACCGCUGCGUGUCCCUUGGGGGACAGCUGGCCACCGUGGGGCAGCUUUAUCUGGCCUUGAAAGCCGGCUUGGACAGCUGUGCCCCGGGCUGGCUGUCUGAUGGCAGCGUCCGUUAUCCAGUGACCAGGCCUCGCCCAGAAUGUGGGGGGAACCAGGCGGGGGUCCACACUGUGACACCCAACAGCACUGCUGAUAACAACACAGAGCUAUAUGAUGCUUACUGCUACAGAGGCAAAGUGAAGAAUUCAGAUGCCAUCUCUCAGAUCUACACCUCCCUGUGGAAGCCCUGGAGCUACCUCACAGGCACAAGUGAUGCUGACUCCACAGGGACCGACAACUCAGACUCAACAACUCAACAAAGUACAACUACAAGAGCAGUGUCCUCCAAUGGCAGUGACACUUCACCCUCGAACUGGACCGGAUUAGUUGACCUGGAAGACGAGGGCUCACUUGCUACCUCAGACCCCUGGUCCUCAGAGUCUUCAGGAUCAUUUGUGACCCUGCAGCUGAUCCCAGGACAAAGCUUAUUUGACUGGGGAGAGCCACUGGAGCCUGGCCCUGACUCAGAGGAGUUUCUCCGCCCACCAGUCCCUCCCACUCCUGCUGAUAAGAAGGUGAUCUCAAAGAUUGUGAAGUCCAUCUGGAAGCCUUGGAACUACCUAGCAGGGAAUGAGGAUGAGGAAGGAACCCAAACAACCAGUGCACCGACAGGAGAGGAGGGGCCAGGGGAAAAGAGGACAGACGAGGGGUUAGACCCAUCACCAGGUUUGUUUUCUUGGGGAAGUUCAUGGUUCAACGUUCUCUCGAGGGACAACUCUACACCCGCCAGCGAAGACUCACCCACUCGUCUGGCAUCGACUUUGGCUGCCUCCAGUAACUCCAUGACUACAGAGAGCGCCAAGAGCUGGGAGACAUCCACUGCCUCCAGCUCUACACCCGAAACCACUUCAUCAAGCGAAACCUGGGUCCGUGUGGAGGCAGAGACCACGACCCGCUCAGGCGACAAAAGGGAUGAGACGGUGACUUCUAGAUCUGGCGGAAGAGGAAGAGGAAGAGGGAAGAAGAACAGAGGGGAGGACAGAAGCAGAGGAGAGGAGAAGGGAAAAGGAGAAGAUGAGGGGAGUGGAGAAAUCACUGGUGCAGAAGCAAAGGGGGAGAUACAUGUUUCACGCCGACCAGUUGGAACAAGCAAGCCCAGAGAAAGAUCCAGAGAAAGAUCUAGAGAGAGGGGACACAGAAAGGGACAGUCAACCACCACAACGAUCUCUACAACCACCGCAAACUCCCUGGAGCUCACAGAAGUGACCACGGUUUGGACGGAAAACACUGGAAGGUCCACGUCAGAGCCCCCAUCUUCUUUACCAGUAGAAACCGCCAAACCAUCAGCUUCACCAGAUCCAUCUGUCACUGCUACACCAAUGUCUUUAUCUCCAUCUUUUUCUCAGUCAUCCCUAUCUCCUUCCAACCAAACCCCAUCUCUUUCUCCAUCAACCCCUACGCCUUUUCAGUCAGUUGGAUCAAAAGAGCCAGCUCCAUCUAUUAACCAGGACAAACCCCUGACACCUCUGAAAUGGGUCCCAGUGGAAAAACCAGUUCUUAACGGCUCUGUGGAUUAUCCCCCAAUACUGUCGGGACCCCCUGAUGAGGAGGAGCCAGCUUGGUCUCACGCUGUGGGCUCUGGGGCCCUGUUACCAGGCAACAUGGAGGAGGAGAGCAGAGGAGGAGUCAACAUCAGCACCAUCACACUCAGCACAGCAGUCGAGGUGGAGCCCUGCGUGACAAACCCGUGUCUGCACGGAGGAAAGUGCCUUCCUCAGGGAACGGUCUACAGCUGCUACUGCCCACAAGGAUUCGCUGGGGAGAACUGUGAGAUUGACGUUGAUGACUGCCAGUCAGAGCCAUGUGAAAAUGGAGGCACUUGCAUUGACAAGAUUGAUUCCUUCCUCUGCCUUUGCCUGCCCAGCUACGGAGGAGACACAUGUGAGAAAGACAUCGAAGGCUGCGAGCAUGGCUGGAAGAAGUUUCACGGUCACUGCUAUAGGUACUUCACCCACAGACACACCUGGGAGGAUGCAGAGAAAGACUGCAGAGAGCACAGCGCACACCUGAGCAGCAUCAUCUCCUCCACUGAGCAAGACUUUAUUAAUGGUCUGGGUCAUGACAACGCCUGGAUUGGACUCAAUGAUCGUACAGUGGAGGAUGACUUUCAGUGGACUGACAGUAACGAUCUGGUCUAUGAGAAUUGGAGGGAGAGUCAGCCAGAUAACUUUUUCGCAGGCGGGGAGGACUGUGUGGUGACCAUCGCCCAUGAGGACGGAAAGUGGAACGACGUGCCGUGCAACUACAACCUGCCCUACAUUUGCAAGAAAGGCACAGUUUUGUGUGGGACACCGCCUGCAGUAGAGAACGCCCAUCUGGUUGGCCGACGGAGGUCACACUAUGACAUCCAUGCGGUGGUUCGUUAUCAGUGUGCCGAAGGAUUCUUCCAGCGUCACAUUCCCACUGCUCGCUGCCGGGCCGACGGGAGCUGGGAGAGACCAAGAAUCAUCUGCACAAAGUCCCGGCGGUCUCACCGGUACAGACGCCACCAUCACAACCAACACCAUGAGCGCCGUGGCCACCGGAGGCACGGUGGAGAGGGACACAAGGCCCGAGAAGACGCACAGAGCUACUACUGAACCAAAUAAUAACCUGUUUGCCAUGCUAGGUGCUGAUCAUGGCCCAUAAAGACAGACAGUAGUUCAUGACACUUUCCUGCUUCUAACCCUGCUCUGUUUAGCUUUACUCCUCCUGAUGAGAAAAGGUUUUCUUACUCUAACACACAGUUUAUCUCCUCCACCCCCUUCGUUUGGGUGUUUGGAUGCUUCUUUUUGACCUUGCUUCCUUUACCCGAGGUCCAUGCGAACACUAAUACUAUCUCACUAACUGUUAUUAAUCCCUCCCUAACAUCUCUGUACAGUGAAUCCUCUUCCUCCUCUCUAUGAACUUAACCCCUCCCUCAGUCUGUCACACUGACAGCGCAGUUUGUGUGUGUGUGUGUGUGCAUGUAAGAGAGAAACUUAGAAAAGUGCCAAGUCACUUUCUUUUUUUUCUAAGGGUUUGCUUGUUUCAACAUGAAAAACGACUCUCACCCUAGUAUUCUGUUUACAAAGCACAGAUGUAUUUGAUCCAACAUAGCAUUCAGUCCCUGUAACCCUGAGCUUUUCUAUAUGUGUCCUGUAGCUGUUACUUUUCAUAGAGCGCCUCUAGCUGGUCUCUUUUAUUCUACUGACAUGCUUUUUCUAAUAUUUGCUAUGUUUUGGUGUUCUGUUACUAUUUAUUAUAAAUUUGCUAGUGAAUAUGCUUUCUUAUUUUUGUUUUUACUUAUACUCAAGAGAGCCGAUGUAACGUCUUUUUUCUACACCACUAUCAAAGUCCAAAAUCUUAACAAUAAACAAAAUUUAUUCUUUGAUUGACUCUAAUCUCUGUAUUGUAUAUAUUGUGCUGUUUGUUAUUGGCUGAUCGAUAGCUGGACCUUGUCCAAUUAAAGUAGACCCUCACAUGUCCGUAUAAGCACCUCAAUCUAACCAUAUGUCCAACUGACAUAGACAGUUUGGAUGGUUUUCACAAGACUAAAGUGAUCGAUUGUAUCUGAUCUGCUAAAUUCUUUCAAUCUUUGCACGGCAAAACUUACAUGAUGGUAGAAUGUCAAUAUUUUUUGUCUUUUGGUCCCUUUGAUAUUUGAUCGGUCAUCCACUUUUUUGGUGUUCUUAUGACUUUUUGU